CGAAAGAAGAAGAAGAACACGCUGCUGGACCAUUUAUCCUGCCUAUAGGAAGAAGACGAAGAAGUGAUUUGUGCAUCUAUAUUGUCUAAACUAGCGAAAUAUGGAUUUUCCUCUUGUAAGCUUGCAUCAGCACCAUCCUUUUGAUGUGAAUCUGAAUUAGAAAAGAAUGCAACCAAUGUAUAGUUUCUAAACAAUGGAAAAGGUUGGUGGCUCUGGAGAUGGCACAUCCAAUCAUCUAAGCCAAGCAUCUAAUAACAUAACAGUACCUCUGGACACCAUUACAAAGGACAAGGAAAUCCAUUCUUGUGAAGGAACAAUGGCACUUGACUGGAAACAAUCAUUACCAAGUCUGCAAACCAGCAAUGACCAGAUUUUGGCACACUAUCAACGUGAUAAUGACGCUUGCUUAAGGAAAUCUACAGUGCCAAUUCAUAGACCGAGUGGACAGAGUAGAAAUCAUGGUUGUACAGUAGUGCUUCUUAGAGAAAACUAUCCUCAACAUGAAUCGAAACAUGUCCGUUCAAAUGAUGGACCAUCAGAAACAUCUGCCACAGGUGAGAAACACUUGCUUCACCAGUGCCCAAUUCAGUUAAGUUCUUCAUCCUGUGAACGCCAACAUACAUCUACCUCAAUGACCACAAAUAUACCACAGCAGUCUAUGCCACAUAUGAUUGUUUUGAAUUCUAAUAAUCUCCGUGGAAGCUGGAAGAACAAUUUAUACAAGGAGCAACAGCAUGUAAAGAUUACUCAUCAUUUGCCUAAGGAUUCCACGUGUCAAGGCUUGUUCACUGAUGUUGGAUAUUUUGGUGUUGUUUUAGCACAAGCUCAAACUGUCAAACUUUGUCAACGAAAUGCUUGUAUUCCUAAAGAUACUGAUCAGCAGAAGUAUGCACCUCAGAAAGCUAUUGCUGUUGUUACACCACUGACUCAACAGGCAGUGGCAGACGUUACAUUUUCAAAGAACCUGACCAACAUGAAGGAGGGAGGCCUUGAAACAAGAUUUGCACCAAAUAAGAAUGACCAAACUUGCAUUCCACAUACUUUGCAAUCAACACCAAAUGAAAGUGGUGCGAAAAUUUUGUAUGAUUCUAUGUCACAACCAAAGGAAGAACGAUCAAAAUCAGUACUCGCCCCUGGAGUUUCUCAUUAUGAAAAGGAUGAUGGUCCUGCUGAAAAUAAUCAACUUCCUGGUCAGAGUGAAAGACUGUCUUCAGUCCCUCUUAGUGGGAGUAUAGAGAUGAAGGAGGUACAGCUGUGUCCCACUGACAAUAACUCUAGUGCUAAAUGUCUCAGUAAAGAUAAUGCUACAGUGAAGGGCAGAAAUUCAGAGGAAUCUAGAAUGGAUGCUAGAAUGAAUAAGUUGUCUACCAUACCUGUAAAUGAGUGGUCUCUUCAAAGGCUGCACACCUUGGUGAUUGGCUUAGAGCAGAUGCAAAAAAAGCAGCAGAGAAACAUACCUUUUAACAAUCUCUCUAGUGAGAUUCUAAAGUUGUAUUGGAACGGAGAUUAUCUCAAAUUAUGCAGUGCAGCAAAAUCAAACCUUUAUAUCAACAUCAUGAAAGAAGCCAGACUUCACUGUGGAAAAGAAAAUUCUGUAAUACUUCAGGGAGUUUCAAGAGAGAGACUGAAUGAAAUUGCAUCAAGUUUUCACAUUUUAGAACAUGGCGUUGCACCACCCAAGAUGGUAUACAGAUCAUCCUGGUUGAAUCUCAGUGACGCACACUAUGAUAUUGACAAGGAACAUGAGUGUCUGUCAUCCUUGAUGACUUUGCACGGCAAAUCUCAAAUUGCUGAUAAGGAACUGCCAAUGAAAAAGAUGGAAAACAUGCAGAAGUCUACAAAUGAGAUGGUAAAAGCAUCUAAUAAGGCACUAAGUGGAGAAGUGAAACAGAGAAAACAAUUACCAGCUGAACAUCAAAAGAACUCCUCUAGUGUUGAAGGUGACAAAGUGAUAAGAAAAGAGCCAGUGGUUAUGGAUGCUGAAAAUACAAGUUCUGUCAAAGAGACAGAAGGACAGGAUAGUAUGACUGUGGAAAAUGUGGUGAUGAAGAAAACGCAAUCUGAGAAACAAAAUAAAACACAGGGUGAAAACGAGGCCCCUUUGCUUGUGUCCUUAAGUCGACAAUCAUCAGGUGUGAGUGAUGGCUCUAUAAAACCAGGAAAUUUGUUCAAACUCCCCACCACAGACACGACUCCUGUGUUGGACAGAAAUGGUUUUGCAAACUGUGUUUCUGUUGAGAUGAGCAUCCUUCCACCAGAGAAAGCUAGAAGAUCAUUUACUGGGGAGCCAGACAAAGUGGUAGAUAACAUCCAAAAAGAUGCACAAAUUUUGACAGAGCACAAGGAUGAAGGCACUGUGGAAUUAUUUGACCAGGAUAAAAAACACAUGGACACUGAAAUGAAAUCGGAUGAAAGGAGCAAUGGAAUUAAAAUCAGUUGGCAAUUGGAGAACUACUGUUGUCUCGCUAAAUGGCUCCAAGUUUUGGGCUUUAGAAAUGGAGGACGUUGUAAGUGUGAGCAAAAGGCUGAACUUGGUCAUCAUGCCGACACCUUGGGAAAAGGUGUGAAGGAGGCAAAUGCAGUUAAGCACAUGCAUCCUUCCAACAAAGCUUGUAAGCUCACUGAUACUGACAUUGGCGUGCUAAGAGAUAACAGGCAGGCAAAAUGUAGACUUGAAUACAGAAGCAUACCUGGAAAAAAAUCAGUUACCUCACAUGCUGAUGAUGAUGAUGCCAGCAUGGAUGAGAUUGAGAUUGUGGAUGUCAUCACAAACUAUGAAGAUAUACUUGAGAUGUCCAAUGCAAUGUCUGAGCAGUUGACGGCAAUGCCACUUCUAGCAUGUACUUCACAUGAGUCUACAUCAGGCAGAAAACAUUACAGAAAUCACCACAAAGAGAUCACAACGCCUGAGUUCAAAACAGGAGAUACACUAAUACGCCUUGCAUUAUUUGGCACUUCUCACCUGAGACAAAAGAAAAAUAUUUCUGGAUUCACAUCACUGGAUAAUGUGGAUUGUCCCCCAGAAACACUUGAUGUAAAAAUAAGUUCUGGUUGGAAUGAAUACCUAAACACUACUAAAAGCCAGACUCCUAAACAAAAAGUUUGGAAUUCCUGGAAGAAGACCCAUGUGCCAUCAAAGAUGUCUACUAACAGAAAGUCAAAGAAGCUAAAACAUGCAAAAGCACCAGAAUCAAAAAAUGAUGCUGCAAAUAACUCUUUGAUAAAUACAGCAGUGUUGGAUCUGAUUCCUACUUUGCUGUCACAUGAAGAUGAUGUACAAACAUGUCAAUCUGAAGCAAAAUGUGAAAAUACAUUCUCUCUUGCAUCAGCUGACAAUCGGAAAAAUACAGCUCAAGCCAGGAAAAAAACCAGGAAAAACAUCAGUUCUACCAGAAAGGAUAAAAUAAGAAAGCUGAAACAAAAUAAAAUUUUGACAUCACUUAAUCUCAACAAAAGGUGGAAUUGCACAAAUAAUGGGCAUAAACUAGUGAAGUCCUCUUUUGAGCCAGCUCAGGCUUUUGAUAAAAGUAAAUUAAACACAGGUUUAGCCUUAAAUUUCAGAGUUCUGCCAGAGUCUUUCAACAUAUCAGAUGGUAGUUCCUCCAUGGAAGCCAGUCAGUCUGCAGGUGCAGAUAGUGGCACAAAGGUUAAAACUGUGAUGCAAACCAAAAGGACAUGGGGCAUGUCAGGUACUUGGUGUGACAGCCCCAGGAAGAAACGUUGCCUCAAAUCUACCAUUACCUUACCAAACACAUCUGGGUCCAGCACAUUCCAAGAAUUCAAGAAGAAAUAUGAAGAAAAAAAGCAGAGAAUUCAUACCUAAUUUUCUUUUAAAGUAUAUAAAAAUAAUACAUCAGUGAUGCUAUCAUAAACGUUUUGUUUAUGCUUCUAUACCUAGUAUGUGUAUUUAGCCAGUUAACUAAAUGGAGCUGAGCCUUUCGAUUUGUACAGGAAAAUAACCACUUAAAAUAGUAAUGCAAUCAAGUGAGAAAUGUGACCUCAUUUGAAGCUCCAGCGUUGAUGAAACAUUGUUUGAAAGGGAGACACUAUUAUAUCUUCUGACCAUAAUGCUGCUUAAAUAUUAAAUAGUAUGUUUUUGCAUUGUUUGUUCAAACAACUUUUUUUUAAAAAUACCCCCCAAAAUAAACAUUUAAAAAUAAA